AUGUGGGGGCGCGCGGGGCGGCGGCGCUGCCCGCGGGGGCUGCGGCGGGGCCGGGCGACGCUGUUGGCGCUGCUGGCGCUGCUGGCGUUGGCCGGGCUGGGCUCGGUGCUGCGGGCGCGGCGCGGGGCCGGGGCGGCAGAGCCCAGACCCCCGCGCCUCGGGCGGCGCGAACCAGUCUUGCUGCGGCCCCCGCUGCCCGCGGACGCGCUGGGCGCUCAGGGCGAGGCGGUGCGGUUGCAGCUGCAGGGCGAGGAGCUGCGGCUCCAGGAGGAGAGCGUGCAGCUGCACCAAAUCAACGUCUACCUCAGCGACCGCAUCUCGUUGCACCGCCGCCUGCCCGAGCGCAGAAACCCUCUGUGCAUGGAGAAGAAGUACGAUUAUGAGAAUUUGCCAAGAACGUCCGUGAUCAUAGCUUUUUAUAAUGAAGCCUGGUCAACUCUCCUUCGGACAGUUUACAGUGUCCUCGAGACAUCAUCAGACAUGCUUCUGGAGGAAGUCAUCCUUGUCGAUGAUUACAGUGAUAGAGAGCACCUGAAGGAGCGUCUGGCCACUGAGCUGUCUGGCCUGCCCAAGGUGCGCCUGAUCCGCGCUAACAAGCGGGAAGGCCUGGUACGAGCCCGGCUGCUGGGGGCGUCCGUGGCAAAGGGCAACGUGCUGACCUUCCUUGACUGUCACUGUGAGUGCCACGAAGGGUGGCUGGAGCCGCUGCUGGAGAGGAUCCAUGAAGAAGAGUCGGCAGUGGUGUGUCCCGUAAUUGACGUGAUCGACUGGGACACCUUCGAGUACCUGGGGAACCCCGGGGAGCCCCAGAUCGGCGGCUUCGACUGGAGACUGGUGUUCACCUGGCACACGGUCCCCGAGAGGGAGAGGAGGCGGAUGCGGUCCCCCAUCGAUGUCAUCAGGUCUCCAACGAUGGCUGGUGGGCUCUUCGCUGUGAGUAAGAAAUAUUUUGAAUAUCUGGGGUCUUAUGACACAGGAAUGGAAGUUUGGGGAGGAGAGAACCUCGAGUUCUCUUUUAGGAUCUGGCAGUGUGGUGGGACCCUGGAGACUCACCCUUGUUCUCACGUUGGCCACGUUUUCCCCAAGAAGGCCCCUUACUCCCGCAACAAGGCUCUGGCCAACAGUGUCCGCGCAGCCGAAGUGUGGAUGGAUGAAUAUAAAGAGCUCUACUACCAUCGCAACCCCCAUGCCCGCUUGGAGCCCUUUGGGGAUGUGACAGAGAGGAGACAGCUCCGUGCAAAGCUCCAGUGCAAGGACUUCAGAUGGUUCCUGGAGACGGUGUAUCCAGAACUGCACGUGCCGGAAGACAGACCUGGCUUCUUUGGGAUGCUGCAGAACAAAGGACUAAAAGAAUACUGCUUUGACUAUAACCCUCCCAAGGAUGACCAGAUCUCAGGCCACCAAGUCCUUCUGUACCACUGCCACGGGAUGGGCCAGAACCAGUUUUUCGAGUACACGUCCCAGAAUGAAAUACGCUAUAACACCCGACAGCCAGAGGGCUGUGUAUCUGCGCCUGCAGAAUCAGAUAUUCUGUUCAUGGAGCUCUGCAAGGAAACCGCCCCUGAGAAUCAGAAGUUCAUCUUCCGAGAGGAUGGUUCUUUAUUUCACGUACUGUCCAAGAAAUGUGUUCAGGCUGAGAGGAAGGCACCUGGCGACAGUGUGGUGCCACUCUUACGAGACUGCACCAACUCGGAACGUCAGAAAUGGUUCUUCAAGGAACGCAUGUCAUGAAACGUCACCUCGCCAAGGAGCCCGCUGAAGGACUGUGGGCCCGUGGGCUCUGUGGCCAGUAGAGACUUGGCCAAGGACAGUGAUGGAGCCCACCAAAAACCUGGCUGCUCUACUUUUAGGAGGAACUCGUUCUGCAGUUUGUGAAAGUGGUGUUGGAUUUAGUAAAAAUGUGAAUAAGCUUUGUACUAUGAUUUUGAAAACUUUAAAACUGGUCCCAAAUACCCUGUUUUCAAGGGAUAAUCCUAAAAAUGUUAACUUUCGUAUUCAGAGAAUUAAAACCUUGGAAUAUUUUUCUA